CUCUGACUGACGUCAGGAGCGUAAAGUACGCAAACAUGGCUGCCUGACCACGCCCAGGUCUUGCGCAGGCGUCGUCCAUGGCGCGUUCCCGGAAGAGCUCAGAGCAGAAAACUUAUAGCCCAGCUUUGAUUAAAGAUGGCUUCCUUGUUUACUCAAGAAAUUCACCUUUCUAAAAGACAUGAAGAAAUAUUAUCACAAAGAUUAAUGUUACUUCAGAAAAUGAAAAACAAAUUUGGAGAUGAAAACACAGAAAGGGCAUCUCUCCUCCAAGCCACUGAGACUGCUUCUAGAAGAAACCUCCGACUCUUGAAGGACAUAGAUGCUGCAGAGGAGGCUUUUCAGACCAAGCUUAUCCCACACCCACAGCCUUCGAUGCUUUCUCUUGAGACUCGUUACUGGGCAUCAGUAGAAGAACAUAUCCCCAAGUGGGAACUGUUUCUUUUAGGAAGAGCACCAUAUCCAAUUGGUGCUGAAAAUCAAAAUGAGACACGCAUCACAACGUCCCUUGUAUGUGGGCCUGGGAUCAAACCUGGGGUGUUGUGCCUGCUCAGCAAGUACUCUGAGUGUCCUUCCUAGCCGGAUAAAUUACACAAAGAAAAAUCAUGUGGAGAAAUAUCAGAGAGCCAAAAGGAGAGGGAACCAAGAAGCCACAGAAGUGGUCCAGCAACAAGCAAGGAGGAAGAAGAGAGAUGGACCCAAGUCAGAAGAUAUCAGAAGCUGGUGAGAUGGUCUCAUCAGGAAAGUACUUGCUGUACAGCCAUUGGGACCUGAGUUUGAUUCUCACUACACAAAUAAAAAUUCAGGUGUGGUAGCAUUUGCACAUAAAUACCAGCAAUAUAAGGGACAGGUGGAUCCCUGAACUUGCUGGCUACCGAACUUAGCCUACUUGGUGAGUUUGAAGUCAGGGAGAGACCCCCAUCUCAAAAACCAAGGAAGAUAGUUGCUGAAGAAUGAGACCCAAGGUUGUCCUCUGGCCUGCAUGGACACAUCCAAAUGGGUAUAUGUAUCCCUGUCUUAGGGUUUCUAUUCCUGCACACACAUCAUGACCAAGAAACAAGUUGGGGAGGAAAGGGUUUAUUCGGCUUACACUUCCAUACUGCUGUUCAUCACCAAAGGAAGUCAGGACUAGAACUCAGGCAGGCCAGGAAGCAGGAGCUGAUGCAGAGGCCAUGGAGGGAUGUUACUUACUGGCUUGCUUCCCCUGGCUUGCUCAGCCUGCUCUCUUAUAGAACCCAAGACUACAAGCCCAGAGAUGGUCCCACCCACAAGGGGCCUUUCCCCCUUGAUCACUAAUUGAGGAAAUGCCUUACAGUUGGAUCUCAUGGAGGCAUUUCCUCAACUGAAGCUGCUUUCUCUGUGAUAACUCCAGCUGUGUCAAGUUGACACAAAACUAGCCAGUACAAUCCCAUUCACACAAAAACACACAGGAGAAGCUACAGCAGCCAAACAAGGUAAGAAAGGGUACUAAGUCUUACAAAUAUCCAGGAAGAUGGAAAUGGGCUCCAGAUAUGGUUUUCCCAUCAAUUUAGGAAAAAUGAACAACAUGUAAUAUUAUCAAGCAUUGCGAAACCGACUGGGAAAAUGCCCUUUCAUAAUUUCCUGGGAAAAUACAAAUGGGUACUAUGUAUUGAAGGAUAAGCGUGUAGCACAGUGGUAGCCAGUUACCUGUGGUUCGAGUUUCACAAUUGCAGUCGACAGCAGUCAAGAACUAUCCCGUGAAAAGCCCUAGCACAUCAGUUCUCAACCUGUGCGUUGCUAUCCUUUGCAGGUUGAGCAACCCUUUUACAGGUAUUUCCUAAGACCGUCAGAAAAGACAAAUAUUUAAAUUAUAAUUCCUAACAAAUUUUACAGCAAAAUUGCAGUUAUGAAGCAGCAAUGGAAAUAACUUUAUGGUUGGGGGUCACAGAACAUGAGGAACUGGAGUAAAAGGCCACAGCAUCAGGGAGGCUGAGAACCACUGUUCUAGAAGCAAACAAUUCAUAGUGUUAAUGAUAUGUUAUUUUGAAGAGAAUAUUGAAAUCUCAUACCACCUCAUUCCAUCCUGCCUGAGAUGUCAAUCAUCCCCAUGUCCAGAAUUAUAUGUACCACCUAGUGACCCACUUGGUUGUCAGAUUGACUGUCAUGCCACUGUAGUGUGAUAUGCAGGUAUUCCUUACAGCCACACAUGGUAGCGUGCCUGUGCCAUUUACUCAGGGCCCCUACUCUGGCAAGUGUAACACUUUAAGGGAGCAGACGUACAAACAGACAUUUCACACUUACGACCUUUACUAUAUCUUAUGCUUUAUUUUAUUAUUACAUUUUGUUGUCAGCCUUAUUUUGUCUAAUAUGCAAAUUAAGCUUUAUUAUGACUGGAUGGGAAGAAACAUAACGUGUGUGUAGAGAGAGCUUAGAACUGUGUACAGUUUCAGACAGACCCUGGGACAAUAUGCUUCUGCAGAAAGCAGGGGUUGCCAUGUCUACAAAGCCCGGAAGUUAUUGUCACUGCAACCUAAAAGUGUCAUUUAUCCUAAAGAAAUGUAACAGCUAAUUGGCUGAGCAGACACAAGAAUUUGUACAGAAGCUUGCUUCAUAAUAUUUAAGAAAUGUGAACUUGGAUGUUCCCAGAAGAAUGAGUAAAGCCUUCCUAAGCCACACAAUGAGAUGCUAUAGAAUUCUUCAAAGUUACCAAGCACAUCUAUCUGCAUGUGAUAAUAUAGACACCUCUCCAAGACAUUUCUAAGUGACAAUGAAAAUUUACAAAUAACUCAAUUCUACAAGGUCUGUGUGUGUGUGUGUUUACAGCACUACUUCUGUAUUUUUGAAGGUGAGACUAUAUAUAUGUGUGGAAGUUGGAGAGCACAGAAGCAGAUGAGCUGUCAAGAGGGAACUCAUCUUUAUUUCCAACUCUAAUAUUUUACAUGAGCACAUGGGCUCAUAUGCAGUUUUUGUUUUCUUAACCUAUAAGGGAAUCCAUUGAGAGCUCCGAGGUGAGACUUUUAUUUAGAACAGAGCUCACAGCAAGAAAGCCUGAGACCAGUUAGCAUAUUUAAAGUGUAGAUGAGUGUAUAUACCAUAGAGGACACAGAUUCACGGAUGAGUGGCAGCAGUGGGAAGUGGACAUGCUCCUGGACUGGAAUAUGACUGGCCAGUGUGCCCUUAUCCAGAGAGUCCACACAUUUACCAAAACCUAAAGUAAGCUUCAAUUUGAGAGCCACAGGAGAGUUCUCAAUAGCUAAGGAUUAAUUUAUAUUUUUUGUUCAUGUUCCUUAAACCUUAAAAGUCCUUUAGAGUUUUGCAGAGCAGUCUCUACAAGCCAGUUUGAUGGUUUAUAAAAGUGGCUUCAAAAAAACCAGAUUAUUUUAAACAUCAUUUAAAAAGAGCCUGGUGUGAUGGCAUGUGCCUGUAAUCUACAAUUUCAGAGGCUGAGGAACAAAGAUUCUGAUUUAAAGGCAACCUUAACCACAUAGUAGGGCCUUGUCUCAGAGGGAAAAAGAAAAGAAAAAAGAAACAAACCACUAAGAGCUGGAGAUGAAGCUCAUUGGUGAAGUGCUUGCCUAGCAUAUGUAGGACCUUGGGUUCCAUCUCCAGAAGUAAAUAGAGAAAAAACUGACUGUAAUACCUAAUACACAGCCCAUACAUCACCUCCUUGGGAUUGCAGGAUGAAAAAUGAAAUUUAAAGAAUGAAAA